UACCAGAGGCCACUACUAUUCAAGACCGGCGUGAACUGCUUUUAGGCUGCGUUCGAAGAGCGCGCUAUCAACGCCGUGCGUCAUUCUAUCUUCGUUUGCAUCUAAUGAGCGAUAAAGAUAGAAUGAUGUAAUGGUGCAGAUGUAAUAGCGCGCUCCUCGAACGCAGCGCGAACUCAUUUCUGACUGUUUUACAGCCGUAAAAGAAGACAAAAACAGAGUGUUGUGCGCGAAAAGGUAUCCGAGUUUCAGCGAAAUACGUUCCGGGCGUUCUGUAACCCUACCUACUUAGCUACGACGGUUUAAGCGAUAAAAGCGGGAAUUUAGACUUCGAAUUGGUCAUGCAGAGAAAAGCAAGGAAGACAAGGCGUCAGCUUUUGGCGGAAAAAGCAACGACGCAACAGCAACUGAUCAACAAAGCGAAUACUUUGGUGAAUCCUUUAGAGACUCUGCACAAGUUCCAUGAGUAUGUCACAAAAGAUAAUUGUGUGAUAAAACUUUCGUGUAUCAGGGCAAAGGAUGCACAACCGGAAUGUGUCUCUUGGAUAUUUGACAUUAUGGAGAGAAAUAUGAAGAGCAUGUACGAACAAUCUAGUUGGGGCUGGAACGCAGCUGAGAAACAGGAGGAACUAACAGAAGACACAGCUUGGUAUUUAAUAGCAUCAUGUAAUGACACUUUUGUGGGUUUUUCACAUUUUCGGUUUGAUGUCGAUCAUGGUGAUAUAGUAUUAUAUUGCUACGAAUUACAAUUGGAAUUGGCAUUCAGACGCAAGGGGCUUGGUUGUUUUAUGAUGUCAGCCCUGGAAUCAAUGGCAAAGCAAAACAAGAUGAUGAAAGUUGUUCUAACUGUUUUUAAACACAAUCCAUCAGCCAUACAAUUCUUUUACACUCUCGGAUAUAAAUUGGACAAUUCAAGUCCACCAGUCUCAGCGCACUUGGAUUACAUGAUCUUGAGUAAACACAAUUUACGCGAAUAAGAAAAAAAAAAAAGAGAGAGAACAACACACGUUGAAUACUCUUACAACACGCAUU